AGAAGCGUCCGAGGGUUGUUGACUCUGAUUGCCGGCUUUUGGUUUGCAAUUGGGCCUUCUCCACCAGCUCCAGUGAAUCGUGGGCACGGUCGGCCCGAUACAAAUUUAUGCAGAAUGACGAUGUGCUUCGCCGGUCUGCCCGACUCUGCUGCAGACGCCAGCGGGAGAAAAAUUGUUAUUUCUUCUCCGCAGGUACCUGGACUUCUAGAAGCGGCUCCUGGUCAUUUGAAAAUUGCAGUGGCCGUCCGGGAGUCUGCAGCAUGGCGGCAAUGGUCUGAACAACAUGCAACGGAGGCGGCGGGAACGGCCGACGACCGAAGCGGAAGACUGAAAACUCGAGGGAAGGGUCCGGAGCAAGCUUACCUUUGCAUCAUUGCUUGUCGCAAUAGAUCCGCAGCGGGAGACUGCUGGGGGUGGUUGGACGACGAAGGUGAAGACAUUGUCAAGGAUCUCGUGGACCAAGGGUCGGCAGGAGCAGGCUCGAUAAAGACGGUCGGUAUCAGACUGCUCGACUUUGAUGACAAGGGCGGAGGACGUGGUCUCCUCAGCGAGUCGUGCUUAUUAGAGGAGGAAAUGGACGGUGAUCGUUGUCUCUUCCUCUCAGACCCUGAAGGAUUGAGAUUGCUGCGAUUUGGAACAGCCAGGAUUGACGACGACGAGGACUCGCGACCAAGUAGUGAGUAUUGAUGUGAUGAAUUGUUAGAAGAUGAUGAGAUGAAGGUGCUGAAAGAUGGAGCGGGAGCCAUGUCAUCGAUGGCCGGCCGCUAGUAGCGGGGAAACUUCAUCCACUGAGUCCAGGUGCA